GCGAGGUUUUGGGUUUUGCACUUAGCUAACUGGUGAGGUCUGCUUUGCUCAUCCUUUCUUCUCCAUUUUUCAGUUUGAAGAAUUGUGGAGCGUUUCAAAUUCUUCAAAUCCAUCAAAAUCCCAGCACAAAUCCUCUCCAGAAAAUCUGGUUACAGGCUUCUAUUCAAAAGAGAAUAGUACCUCAGCUGGAUUUUUGGGUAUUUUGGAAUUCCAUGAUUGAUUAUGAUUAUUAGAAAAGAGUCAACAGAAUCAUGAAAUAGAAGCAAUUUUUGGGAAACUGGUCCUUUGCUAAAUGAGCUGUCCUAUCUGCUAGGGAAUUUGUACUUGUUGAGAAAAUGUUAUCCUUUCAGAUCGGUAUCUUUCCCAAAUCCUUUUCGCCUCUUUGUGUAGUGAAAAACAAUCAUAAUUCCUGCAACAUGCUGCCUGUUUCUGAUGUUACUCGUAGUACUCUAAGUCAAUUGUGCAACGUCUGGCCCUCCUUCGUACACCAUAGCCGUUUUUUAAAAACUUCCCCUUGCUUUGCUACUUCAAGAAAAUCUGAUUCCAACCCUAAUCCUGAUCCGGACUCGAACCCUAAAUCUAAAGCUGAAACAGGAAACCGGGACCAAAAGUCUGUAGUUUCCCAUAACAAAGAUGAAAAUCCAGAUAAAAGCUUCCCAACAACCAUUCCUAAGAAGCCAAGACGGGGUCGUAGAAGUGAAGCUGUAGCUGUUGAAGAUUUUAUACGCGACUCACUUGAACGAACUUUUGAAUCAAUCCGGCAGCAGAAUCCAGAAGUUCUUGAAAAUAAGGAAAGUGUGAUGAAGGAUAGACUUGAAAAUCAGUUUGAUUGUGACAGUAGCAGUGGUGAAGAUGAGGAUGAGGACAAGGACGAGAAGGAUAAUGAAGCCGGUAAAAGAGGAAAGAAGAUGGUGGUGGAAGAGGAUGAUCCAGAUUGGCCAUUGGACGCAGAUAUUGGGUGGGGAAUUAGGGCAUCGGAGUACUUUGAGCAGCAUGCUAUUAAGAAUGUGGUGGGUGAAGAUGGUUUUGAGAUUGACUGGGAAGGAGAGACUGAUGAUAGCUGGGUAAAGGAGAUUAACUGUCUGGAGUGGGAGAGCUUUGCUUUCCAUCCCAGUCCGCUAAUUGUUCUUGUAUUUGAGAGAUACAAAAGGGCAACUCACAAUUGGAAGACUUUGAAAGAGCUAGUGAAGGCGAUCCAGGUAUAUUGGAACUCCAAGGACCGGUUACCUCCUCGGGCAGUCAAACUGGAUAUCAAUAUCGAGAGAGAUCUGGCAUAUGCUCUUAAAGUCAGGGAAUGCCCGCAGCUUUUAUUUUUACGCGGAAACAGGAUCAUGUACAGAGAGAAAGAGUUUCGCAAGGCUGAUGAAUUGGUCCAAAUGAUUGCUUAUUUCUAUUACAACGCAAAGAAGCCUUCAUGGAUUGAUGAGGCAUCCAUAUGUCGACCUUAUUAGGUUUGGAUAAUGAUAUUUGUAACCCUUCUGAUCAGGGAUUUUCCCCAAUCAUUGUCCUUUCUGAACACAAUGGGCACCGAUGCUAAAAUCAGAAGUUGACUUGGGGAAAAAUGAACACAAUGGGCACCGAUGCUAAAAUCAGAAGUUCUUGGGGAAAAAUGAACAAGUAAUAUAUCAUCUAUCCUGAGACCAAAUAUAAUUAUUUUUGUUUAGCAUUUUAGUCCCAUCACCUUUUAGAUGAGUAAAUUUGUAAAUAAAGUCCAUAGAUUAUAAAUCUUGCUCAUUUUUGCUGAAUUACAAUGGUAUCGGUAUUUCUGCAACAGGCUUCUUUUGUUUCUUCCUUGAUUUCUAAGUUUUUGAUCCACUGCCUUGGGAGAGUGAAUCUUUUUUCUGAAGGGAUGCUUUGGGUUCAUUUAAAAAUGCAUGAAAAAGGCACCCACGAAAUACCAAUAAAUUCUUUGUGAUAGUUUAUGUUAUUUGUA